GACUUUUGCACAGUACCAUUGUGAGGUAUAGGUCAGAGUGGGGUCAGACAGAGUUCACCACAUCCUUGUCUGAAACAGACCAAAACCCACAGAUGUGAAACUCGGCAUGAGAUUGGCCACAGACUCCUAUGAAGUGACUGUUGAAGAAGGUUAAAAACGCACACAAACACACAGAGACACACACGGCUACAUGCCACUAUGAAGGAUCAAAGGACGCCUAGGAACUGUGUAUGUGUCUUUCUCAUCUCCCUCUCUCUGGUCUCAGUUGUGUGGUGUCAGACAGAGAGGACGAUGUUAAGAAAACUUGUUGGAAAGACGGCCAUCUUUAACUGCCCGUAUGAAAGUGUGUACAGAGACUCCCCCAAAUACCUUCAGAAGAAAGAGUAUAAUGUCACACUUGUUAGAUCUGAUGGACAGAAGGCUUCGACAACUGUUGGGCGAUGCAUUUUGUAUGACAAGAAAAAGAGCAGCAGGUUUGAUGUGCACAUUCUGCAUUUGACCCUCAAUGACACUGGAACGUACGUGUGUGGAGUGGAGGCAGGAGGAGGCAGAGACCAACAGGAGACCGAACUUGAGGUCUACGAUGAAACAGGUCAGACAACGGUGAGAUAUGAUAGCAUAACCUCACUUUUCAACAGAACAACAACAACAACAACAUCAACAACAACAGCAACAUCUCCAUUCAUCACUAAACUCUUGGCUCCUGUUCUGGCAGCAGCUCCAGUGCUGGUGUUGAUAGGGAUCGGCAUAGUCUGCAUCAGGAUGAGAAGGAAGACAAGAAGAUCAACAGAGAGGUCGCAGGCUCCUCGAACAUCAAAUGACAUCAGUCUGACAUCAAAUGAAAGAGCUAUAUUGCAGGACAACAUUUAUGCUCAAGACACACCCUCCACUCGGCCGCUGUCCAGCUCUGAUCUGAUCCAGCCCUCCUCCAUCAGCAACCUGCCCGCAUCUCAUUCAAGCCUCAUCCUCUACCCUCCCGUGGCCAAUCAGAGGCCGGCGCAGAUAAACACAGACUCACACAUCCCUGUCUACUCCCUCCUUACACUUCCAGAUGAGGCCUCAUGAGAGAGUGUGCAAGAGAAAGUAUGAAAACGUGCCACUCUGUAUAAAUUAAUCAUUAUAAUGAAGGCGUAGUCAAGGAUUUUACAUGAUUUCAAGUCCAAAUAUGUUUUGUCACAUUCAGAAAUCUCGUCACGGCUUGGUCUUUUUUUGGCCCCCACCGUCGUUGCCUAACCCUAACCUUAAUAUGUAAUGUACAUUUUUUUGGCACAAAAGUGUCUGCUAUACAUUUAAAUAUAAACAUAAAUACAAACAAACAUGACUUCCUGCACAAUCCCUGAGCGCACCUUUAAUAUUCUAUAUUAAUCAUGAGAGAGCUUGUUAAUGUUAAUUAGAGUUUGUGAAAACCACAAGAUAAAGAAUGUAGUCAAUAUUUUUACAUACAUAUGCGACUAAUACACAGUCUUAAACUUACACAGUUUUAUAUUUCAUAUAAUGUUGAUAUUUUGAUAUUAUUUUCUACAGCAUGCAGUGCAGAGAGAGAGAGAGGG